GUUAUUAUUCAUACCAUUCUGGCUAUAUAUUAUCAGUGGGACAAAACGACCAAUCCCUCUCAGCCCCUUCCUACAGAAAUAUCAGUGGCACGAACUGGUAGUGGCGCGAAACGACCAUCACCCAUUUUCGCGACAUAUGAAUUAUUAUCCUAAUCAGAAGUUAAUAGACAUAAGUUAAUGAUAUUAUGCUAAUAUCGAAAUCAAAGUAACACAAUAGUUUUAAGUAAAAAAUAUCAUAACACACGUGCUCCACAUUUUGAUAUUUUUACCUGUUAAGCAAAAUAAAAAUGAAUGAAGUCAUUGAAGAAAGUAAUGUGCCAACCGUUUCUGAAAACGUUGGGUGCGAAAAUAAUGUUCAUCUGCAAUUUGCCUAUCUCAAAAUGUAAAAGAUCUAUGCCCAGCUCAAUCACCUCUUGCAUGCUCCCCCUAUCAAAUUAUCAUCCAAAACACCCAAUGGCAUCAUGUUUAACAGAGCUGUUUUUGUGGACACUGAAAGAAAAUGUUUCAAUUCCAAAUGAUGUUAUUGGAUGUCACAGCUAUCAUGAUAAGAGUGAUCCAGCAUCUGAUCAACCAUAUAAUGAAGAGAAGAAGCAGUUUACAGAAGGCAGGGACAUGAUAUGGGCACCCAAGAACAAAAGACCGGAGAAAUUGCGUGACAAUAUCAAAGACAUGGAGGAGUUGUUGUCCGCCUUUAAGACUGUGCACACCCGCUGGAGGAGUCGCAAGAUGCUGCAGAUCCUACUCAGCAAUGCGUGUGUGGUGAACAUUGUCCUGUCUGACCAUAGCGGGGACAUUGAGCGACUGCUGAUUGAUAAAUCUCUCGUUGGAAAACUCAGCGCAGAUACUGUGACUGAUGCUGUGUUGACAGACCAGUUCUUUGUCUCAACGUACGGUGACAAGUCUCGUCUUGAUUAUGUGUUCUUCUGCAAGCGACCCCCACUGGGUGAGGCCAUUAAAAGGCUGGAGAAACUGUCAUCAUGGGACCCUAAGGUGACCAGCAUUGACAUCCCAGGGCCUGUGGGUCGGCGCCUAGAGAGACACGUGUGUGUCAACAAACAGGAGGACAUGGUGUUGGUUUGGUGGAGCAGCACCAGCAAGGAGGCAAUGCCCUGGUCUCCAAUGGCAACUGACAGGGACCGGGCCAAUAUAAUCGCAGUUUCUUGUCACGGACCUAACAUUGAUGUAUUGACAUUUGCAAGGACAGAGUGUGACCCAGUAUCGGUUCACUUCAGUCAGUUCCAGCAGUACAAGUUUUUCACAAUCGAGCAGGGCAUGGGUUCUGGAGGGGAAACCACUGCCAAGGCUUGCACUUAUGACAUCAUUCAGAACAAGAUACAGAGGCUGUCUGCAAUAAGCAUUCCUCUGAAAAGCAUGGUGUUGUGCGAAUGCCACAGUCCAGGGGAAGAUAAGCUGGUGCUUGGCUGUGCUGACGGAACAUUGGUGAUAUAUGAUGAGAAUAAAAAGAAAACAGAAUUAAACAAAGCUGCUGUGAUCCCCAGUGUAAUUGCUUGGCACCCGACAGGUACCAUCUUCUUUGUGGCAGGCGGAAGAGGUGACGUCCAGGUGUUUGAUAUAGCUUUAACGCCACUUAAAAUACAACUUCUUGAUGAAGAGCCAUGUCCUACGAAGAUUUUGCAGAUGGGAAAAUACUUCAGGUCUGCACCAGCUUUACGAGACAUGAAAUGGUGUGAGUUUGACCCGCUGGCAGCAGACUGGCAUGGAGACUAUGUGGACGCACUGGCUGUGGUCUUUGACAAAGGGCCAGUUGGCCUGCUUCAGAUGUCACUGGGCCUGGUGAGCAGAGAAAGGUUCUCCUGUGUGGAACUGGUGCGAGAAUACAUACGGGCUAAGCAGGUGGAUGAGGCCGUUUCCCUGCUAUGUUCCAUGAGCUGGGACCAGGAUGGCACCAGCUGUUACACGUGUCUCACCACCAUUGUUACCCAUCUCCUCAAGAUGCCACUGAACGCAGAACGGGAAGUGAAUCUGCAGACAGCACUGGGCACAUUCUACUCUCCCAAGCAGCCUCUCUCAGAGUCAACCAUCCUCGACUAUCGAGACCCAAUUAGCCGUCUGGCUAGACGCUUCUUUCACCAUCUUUUAAGGUAUGCAAGAUUUGACAAGGCCUAUUUACUGGCUGUGGACAUUGGUGCAAAAGAUCUCUUCAUGGACAUUCAUUUCAUGGCCUUGGACAAAGGGGAGACAGCUCUUGCAGAGGUUUCAAGGAGGAAGGCUGAGCAGGUCGACUCAGAAUCCAUAGAGAGCUACAAUGACACGUUACCAGGUCUAGAUGGGGGAGGGUUUUACCAGCAGCAUAAUGGGGUCGCCAAUAACCAUAGCAACAGACAUAGGGAGGAGAUUCCAGUGUCAAGACAGCAUCCAUGGCAGCAGAGUAGCUCAACACAGGGCCAUCUAUCCCAUGAUUCUUCACUCCAGUCCCACAAUGCAUCAUUCCAGUCCCAGCGUUCCAUGCCUUCCCACGAUGCACCAUUGGCAGGGGCAGAGCACUCUGGGAGAGGUGCCAGCAGGAGAAGAGUGCAAUACAGUGACCAACAAUUGAGUAACGAUCUAGACGCAAUGAACAUGCACUCAGAUCUGAUUAGUGACUAUACUGCAGCUUUGAAUGAUGGGGGAGGGGCAUGGGCAUCAUCUGUUGGCAGCACUGCAGCUAAUAACGGGUCAUUUCAGAGCGAAGAAAAAGGUGUGAAAGUGUUCCGAUUUGGAGUCGUGUAGUUUGUAGACUUGAGUUCCAUAUUGACAGACCCUUUACUGGUUUCCAUGAUUACAGAAACCUUACAUUUUUUUGAAUACAUGUAUGCACAAUAAUUCAUUCAGGGACUGGAGAAUUUUGGGAAUUGUUAAACCGGGAGAAAAGAGACAAUUUUAUACUUUUGCUCUUGCAUGUAAUGCAAAAAUUGUUGCUAAACUGUUAAGUUUAGCUGUAAGCUGUUAAGCUUUUAGCUUAA